UAGCUCUUAACAUAUUUCCCUUAUAUAUGUAAGAACGUUUUAAAGUUUAAGAUGGGGUUACAGCAAAUGAGGUGUUUGGGAAAGAAGAAGGAAGACGACGAGUGUGAUAAAUAUAGUUGGUAUUUCCAGAUGAAACUGAAGAACAUCUUAUGACUUAAGUACUCAGAUGUUUCAGCUUUUGCCAUGGUUUGAAGUAAGAUACUAACAGGAACAGUUGUAGGAGAUCUGAAACAGGAUGGCAAUGGAACCUGAUGAAUUAACAGUCAUUGUUGUCAGUGCAAAAGGGUUACAGGGCAAAAAACCAGGACGACACAAAUUCUCUGUGAUAUUUGGUGUGGGUAGUAAGAAAUACCGGACAUCUGUUGUUAAACAUCCGGAGCCAGAAUGGAACGAGGAAUCUGUGAUCCAAGUGAACAAUAUCCUAGACCAGGUAUUCUUCAUUGUGACGGAGAAAGAAGAUGUUCUUGGUCAGGUGAACAUCCCGGUCACUUCCCUUCAGGGACCGCCAGGACACAACUUAAAGUCGACCCUUCAACCCAACAAGAAGUGUUCAAAUCCAAAAGGAGAAUUAGUGUACCAGUGUUACGUCUCCAAGCGUCGUCCCGCGGGAAUGAACUACGAGUCCAAAUCUCCCACCCUCUCACAUAAGUACAAGAAGGACAGACGAGGCUCCACUUUAUCUAGUCUUAACAAAAAGUUCUCGCGUUCCAUCCAUGACCUUCUAAGCUUCGGUAAAUCUAGUAAUGAAGAGGAAAGUGGCCCUAAACUCAAGUCAAAACAGGGACCGAAGUUCAUGAGUAUCAGCGCAGGGCUUGACAACUCCGGAAAGCUCCCUGUUGUACUAAGUGUGAGCCCCAAUGUGGGUCUAACCAGUGGGGGUACACGCAUUACUAUCGUGGGUAAGAACCUUGGGUUCAGUAAGAGUGAUAUUGUGGAUCUGACAAUUUGUGAGUCUGACUGUGUGGAUUAUAUUGAGUAUGAAUCUUCCACCAAGAUCCACUGUAAAACAAGAUCUACUCUCCCAGGUAAGGGUGAUAUCAUCCUCGAAACGGAGUCAGGUGGCAUCGGUACUCUCCGCAAUGCAUUUGCUUUUGUUGAUAAACUUCCAGAAAAUGGUGUGAACCCAUUCGACAGCCCGAACCCAUUUGAUGAUGAGGAGAAUUCUGGAGAACAAGCUAGUUUCACUAUUGGGGAUGGAAACCAGUCUCCGGAGAUGCAAACAAAGGCAAUAUCCGUACCAGUGCCAUCACACAAAGGAAACAGCUCUCACAGUAAGUCUAGUAUGUCUCCACCGACCAAGAAACACUUCAUGAAACACCUGAGGAGGGCAAGCGAGGGACACGUGCUGCAGCAGUUAAAAGGGGGACCAGUGGCAGCCAACCCACCAGCCUCGCCGACACCCAAUAAGUUUGAGAAGUUACAGCUACAGGUCCUGGAACUGAAGAAAGAUAAUCUAGCUUUGAAACAGGAUAACAAAGAUAUGAAAGCAUAUAUUGACAAGCUUGUUGCCAAGGUGAUACAGCAUUGCCCCGAUGCCCUCGAGUCUGACCAGAUGCAGAACAGGUGGAAAUAAUCCUACGCGGAAAGUUCAAAGGAUACGAAAAAUUACAUCUAGCCGUCGAAGUUUGAACAACAGUAGCAUGGAUAUCCAGCAGGAUCAUACAUAUAUAUUUCUAUUUUCUCUUCUGCAGAUUUUAAACGAAUAAAUGGAAAUACAUAAGUUUUGAUAAAAGAUGUCUUCAGAAUAUGAACUCAACCCACCAAUUUGAUUUGAUAGCACAGAGUUUGAGGCACUGAUUAUGUAUUUUGACAGAUAUUCCUGUUCGCUUGUGUCUUAUAUUAGAAGGAACAAUUUUUUUAUUUAUUUUUUUUCAAUUAAGAAAAGUAGUGUUUUUUAUAAAUUUAUCUUAAAGUUUAUAGUCUCAGUCACUUGGUUUCUAAAAUAAUAUAUCUAAAAUAUGUCAUUUCAGUAAAAUUAAUUGAUACAUCAUAGUUUUUCGUACUUUUAUGCAUCCAGAUUUAAGGUUCCACUAUGCAUGCAGGCUUCAGUUUCAUGAAAAUACUAACUUUUAACUUCAGUUCUGCUUUCCAAUUGAAUAAUUUAUGUUAUUAGGAAUCUCCUAUUAAACGAUAGAUAUCCUUGUCGGGAUAUUUUAUAUUCUGAAAGAAAUACUUUAUCUAUGCAAACACACAGCGUCUUUGCUGAAAAAGUGCAUUAUAUAGAGAAUAUGGUAGAUUUUCUAUUUUGAUACAUUAGUGUGUACUUUUGAGGGAAUGGAAUUGAUUUUAAAUCAUUCUUUGAUUCCAUUGAUCAGGUAUGAGUGACUACAUUAUAUGAAGUUUUAGUUAUAUACAUGUACAUGUUUUAGGUACCUUGAUAUUACGUAUUGAUCUUAUAUCUAAUUGCUUUGAGCCAGGAAAUAAAUCCCUUCUAUCUCCAUUGAAUGCAUGCAUAUCUUCUGUGAUAUUAAGCGAUAGCCAUCUGAUAAAAAAAACACAUCAGGUUCAUUUAGGAGAAUUUUUAGUUCUGGUUUUCAUUUUCCAAUAAAUCAGUUGAUUAUAGUUUUCAAUUGAUGUACUGUACCGGACACAGUCUGUCAGUAUUUUUGAAAAUAUACAGGUGAUAGAAUGUUUCUAUUAAUUUGUCCUUAACGAUAUUAUUUUCAAAAAGAGUUCUAUACAAAGAGAUCUCUCAAUAUUGAUUACAAAUGUUAAUUUGGACUUUGGUUUUAAAUUACUUAUUGAUGGCAUUUGAAACGUACAGAAGCGAAAAAAAAAUAAUAGCAGAAAGGCAGUUUUAAAUUAUCAGAUGACAACUAUCAAGAGGAAAGGGGAAAUCAUUCUUAUGUUCAGUUUGAUGAGCCCCUAUAUAUACGUAUAGAAUCAUUAAAUCAGUUCAUUAAAAGAAAAUAUUUAUACUCAAGAGUGUCCCAGAUAUGAUCGCAUAAUGUAGGUUAGAUAUUUUCAUUUUAGAAUUAUAGAUAGUGAAGAUACUAAGAUCUAAGUCACUUCUAACCGACUCCAGAAGGAAAUUCCUAAGCUCACAUAAUAAAGCACUGGAGAUCUGGGUUCAACUCUUGAAAAAGUAAUUACUUUAAUUAAAAGUAUGUAUAAGGAUUACAACAAAAUUAGCAUUUUUAUUUAGAGUUUAAAGUAAUCUGUUGCAGUUAAAAUUAAUGAUCUCGGAUAUUCUAAACCUGUUACAAUUAUCAGCAAAGAAGGUAUCUGAAAAUAUUUUUGAGUGCUUUGUAAAAGUGGGCAUUUUACUUUGUUGUUGGUUUUGAUACCUACAGCAUUUGAAAUUAAAAACAGAUCUGUGAUGACAACGAUAUUAUUGUUAAACAUGACAUUCGUUUUGUAAAUAUCUGUUAAUAUUUGUUUAUCUAGAUAACUGAUAUUUAAUCUGCUAAUUAUAAAAGGACUGUUACAUUAGAUUAGAGUAUAUUGCUUUAUAAAAAUGGAGAUAUUUGCAAAAUUGACAGUUACAUAUUGACUGCUGACCAUUGUCUGAAAUAAUUUAUUACAAUUACCUUGAUAAUAAGUUGUAUACAUAAACUGGGUAGUAUAUAUUUGAUACAACAAAGUGAAUGUAGGAAAAUUGUUUUGAUGAAAGUUGAUGUAAAUUACAUGUACAUGUACUCGACAAAGGUAAUAUCUGUGAGUAUUUAAUACUAUCUUUGUAUGCAUACUGGGGCCAGUUUGUUUAUUCAGAUCAACCGGUUUAUCAAUAUUUGAAAUGUAAUAUUUUGGGGUUAAAAAAAUUAAAGGAUUUGCGAAUGUUAAUAUAUAUACAUACCUUAAAAGUCUUUCCCAAGGUGCUAAAAAAACCCAUCAAAUAACUAGGUCCAUCCCUAUUUUAUAAACAGACAACUCUGGUCCAACCGUUUAAAGAAUGCGAUAAACAAAAUCAGACCUAGUAUGUUCCAAAGAUAUUUGCCAAAAUUUGCAAAGUAUUGUGAUAAAAUUCCUAUUAGUAAAUAGUAAUUAUAGGAUACGGUUAAAGAACAAUGAAAAAUGAUACGUCUUUUAAAAAAAAUCCUGAAGAUACUUUGACCUCUGUUUCAAAACUCGAGGUGAUGAUACAUGAAUGUGUUUCAUUGGACAGAGUUUAUAUUUUUGCACUUGGAUGUUGAUCACUAAAUAUUCAGUAUGUGUGUACUCACCGAAUCACGAAUCUAGCCUUUUGAUCUUCUGAACUGACCGUACAAUGUAUUCAUGAUAUUGUUUUUAAUUUAAGAGUUUUCUUGUAGUCUGGUUUUUGGGGUAUGUUGUUUAAUUUAUAUUAUUGUAAAAUGAAAAUCUCUUUUUUUUGUUCCAAAUGAAAGUGUAAAAUUGGUUUUGUUAAUUAUUACCUUUAAAAAUCAUGUAAUCUAUCCAAAUGUAAUUCUACAAUGGAAUCUUGUUUACUCAGCCUUUGUUUAUCUGGAAAAUUCAUUAUCUGCACGCAUAAACAUUACCAUAGUAUGUGACCCUUCAAAUUCCAUGCAGUCAUGAUCAAUGAUAGUAAAAAUGUGCCACUCAGGUCAAAACUUUGUUUUUCGUGGAAAUGUGUCCGGAUUAAACAAGAUUCCAUUGUAUAUCAUAAGUUACCAAUAUGAUAAUUAAAAGUAAUAUUGGAAAUGGAAACAUUGAAUCUUUAGAAUAUUUAAUGUUUUGUGUAGACUUCAGUGUUGAAAUUGACUUUACCUAGUGCAAUGACUUUACUAUUAAAGAGUUACAUAUUACUGUAUAUAUACAUUUUGUUAUAUCAAGAUCACAUACAUUUUUUCGGUACCAAUUUGUAAAGGAUUAUUAAUACCCGGUAUAUGAUGUUAUUUGGUUUAAGCCGUUGGUACAUAUAUUUGUCAUCUUCAACAUAUCCUCCCAACUAUUAAUCGUAGUGCUUUACAUUAAUGUUUGAAUCGUUAUCUUAAAUGCCUAUUUAUUAACAUAGUAUAUAUGGCUUUACAUCGUCUUAAGACUUCCAUGAGAGGCUUUACAUAUCCGUUUAUCAUGAUUUGAUUUUAGUAAAAGAUCUCAAUGUAUUACGGUAAUGAUGUUGAUCUGAAAUUGACACAGAACAUGAUUUGAUCUGUUAUUAGUAUUUAUGUUAAAUUGCUUUCUCUGACGUGAACAAAUGAUCUGAAAACAUGAAUAUUUGAAUAUCCGACGACCAUUCACAAUGUCCCAGGUUUCCCAUUUUUUCCACAAAAUUAUUCUGUCCUAUUUGCAUACGAUAGAUCUGAAUGGUAUUGAUAUUCUGUGACAAGAAAUUUCUAGUUUGAUAGUAGAGCGUGACAUAUGUAGGCGUCCAUCAUAAAGUUUGUUAGGUUCUUGUUCAACUCCUGUUCAGGCCUUUUGCAUUAAAUGAUUUUCUACUUUUCUUAUUACAAACGUAGUGUUAUUUACCGUUCAUGAGAAAUAUAUUUACAUUUACCUGUUAAAUUUUUACCUUGUUAUUUGAGAAGAGGAGUCUGAAGUGACAAUUUUGAUUUUUGUUUAUGUUACUGGAUACCAGGCAAAUAUCAUUGCCUGGGGUUUAAAAAUUGUCCUGGCUAUGUGAGAAAGAAACUAAAAAGUAUCCAUACGAUUUAACUAAAGGAAAAAAUAUGAUGUUCCAUAUUUCAAAUCUACAGGUUUACCUUUUUUGUAUUUCCUUACGAAGAAAUACAAUGUUUUAUUAAAGAUUUUGUUUUGAAGUGAGAGGAUUUGUAUCAUAUUCUGAUCUGGUUUUGAAUUUCGAUGUUCUUGAUAAUGUUGCAGAUGAAAAUUAACUGUUGCGGUGGAGUGAUAAUAUUUUUUUAAUGGAUUUUGAACAUCACCUGUUAAUUGUGGCUAUUACUUGUUAAUUUUAUUUGUUAGUAUAAUGCUAUCUGUGUUUGGGUAAUAUCUGAUAGCAAUAUUUGUUACAAAAAAAUGUUUUUGUUACAACAAUUAUUGAUUUAAUACUGUAAGAAAAAUAUCAUUGUCAUAUAAAAAAAAAAUGGUUGAAUGGUCAGAAUAUUUUUAAGAUAUAAUUGUUUUAGGGACCAAUAUGGUCACCUUGUGCCAUUUCCAAUGAUGGGCUGGUAAGAAUAUAGUUGCAGGUCCUGGGACUCGUUAUGUGCAUAUGCAGAUUUAAUCCUGAGCGAUGACCCCUUACCUAUUCAAAACUGGAAACAUUGCAAUCUGGUCAGGUAUUGCAGCUUCAAUCUGGCAUCGCAAUGGGGCAAUGGUUCAAUGAACUACAUUAAGUGUCUUGCUGACAGGUUUGAGCUUUGUAUAUAGUAGUAAUAGAAACAACAAUCUGUGAUAUGUAUAAUUGGUACUCAGAAAUUUGUUUUGAAGAAAUGAAUGAUGAAAUAAUACCCGAUACAAAUAAUAUUAUAUGCAUGAAUUGAAAUCAAUAUUUGUACAGAAAUGCCUCCAUGAAUCGAUUGAUAAUACACUUUAAAAUGUUUGGUAUAAGGGACCAUACAAAGUACAGUUUAUGUUACCAUGCCCUCCGCCAUGUUUCUGUAGUUGAUACGUAUACUAAGAAGAAAAUAAAUGCCUGAAGAAGCAAGAUUGUACAAUCAGACCUUGUGAGAUUGAUGGUGCGGGUAAUUACCUAGGUAUUUUGAAACCCAUACAACUCAAAACGUGAUAAUUUAUGCAAAUGCCAGUUAACUGGAACACAAGUGACCCUGUCCUGACCAUGUUGUCAUAUAACUGGAACUUGUCUUACUAACAGAAUCCACAGAAUCCAUGCUUAAGCAUGAGAGCGGUGUCAUGAAUACAGGCUCUGGUGUUACCCCCAAUCAAUAACAAACAACUGUGAGGGCCUCAUUUGGACUAGCCAAUAAAGAGUUAAGGUUUCAACUGUUGUUUUAAUCAGUUAUCUCAUAAAGUGGCCUUAUUCCUGUACAACUUAUGAAGACUAUGCCAAUUUCACUAGACCAGUAUAUAUAGAUAUAGAUUAAAGCUAUUGUGAUUCACUAAAUCUGAUUGCCUUAAAUCUCUGACACAAGUUGAAUAUAUAUUUAGACUAGAGACUUGCAACUUGGGUGCUUGGUCAUGAUCAGGGGAGAUAAUUGUUUUCUCCAGUUCUAUUUUGUUAUAGAUACAUACUGCUGCUGUGUAUUUAAAUGGGCCCUAUUCUCUUCAUGUUGUCACAGUGGGGUACCCGGACCCAUCUACUCGCUUGUUACAAUCUAUUUACUUGGCUGGACAGAGGGAACGUCAUUUAUCUGUAGUGCCUGGUUGGAUUCAUAGUGGAAACUCGGUCACUUGGAAAAAGUUAUCAGCUACCAUUUGCCUAGAACGAAUAUUCAUACCCUGCCUACUUUCCGCUCCGGCAGGACGACGACCAUCUAUCAGAAAUCGUGUGUCCGUCGUCCAGAGCUACGUUAUCGCAGCUACCAUUUGCCAUGUUGCCCCAAAGCUUAGCUUGCCAACAUGUGCUUUUGUUUACAAUAUUUGAUUUACAUGUUCAUUGUUUUCUAGUAUUUGAACUGAGUGCACAUUAGACAGGGUCCUUUUUAGAUUAAACCAGGUGUUUUUUUUAACAAAAUUUGAUUUGCAAAAUUAAAAAAGAAGUAGGGCUGUUAUAAUUCACAAACUUUUAAUGGGAAUUGGAUCCUUGGGAGUUAAUGGGGUCAUUGUUUGUUUGCUUAAAAGGGAUGUUGAAAUGUCAACAAUGAAACAUUGCAUGCAAUAAGAUUUACUGUGGCACAUAAUAAUUUGUAUGAACAAAGUUCUGAUGCAAAAUGGUAUAGGUGCCGACCAUCAAUUUGCAAGAUCAUGUUUUGUAGUUUAAUUUCUACAACUACACAAACUUUCAUCGUAUCUUUAGGCUUUACAUUAAUGAAGUUUUUAUUUUUACUAGUCAAAAGUAGAUUCUGAAUUGACUUUGCAAGAAGAUAAAUUAAUAUAAUUUAUGUAAAUGUUCAUGUUAAACCACACAAUUGAAGACAUGCAUAGAUGUUUCCAAUAUUGUAAUGUCUUGCAGUUUAUUACAUCUAUAUGGAAUCUGUGAUGAUCGAACUGACAUGAGUAUGCAAGAUAAAUGUUCGUAAAAAAGGUAAGAUAUAGGCAUAUUAGAUUUGGCUAUGGUUUCUGCAUUUUCUUCACCUUUGUAUAAAAAAGCCGUCCCCCACCCUUUAAUCAGAAAGAAAGACUUAAAAUAUCUUCUUCUUUUUUUACGUUUUAAAUACUAGAUAAUUUAUGUUUUCAAAUCUCGUUACAUAUCCUAUUAAUGUACUAACUGUACUAAUAUAUCCAAGCUUGUCACAAACUUUGUGCAUAUUCAACUAUAUGAUAUAAUAGGAAUUUGUGAAUGUUUGCAAAAGAAGGACAGGGAAAACCGAUUUUAUUAGGGGUGGUCCCUAAGAAAAUCAGAUUUUUGGUUAUACAGUUGCUACAUAAGUAAAAUUACACUGAAUAUCCGGAGUAAAUAUGCACCAUUGUAAGGUGUCAAGUGUGCCUUCACCUUCAGUCAUUCUAAAAAUUAUAUCCAAUUUUGAAUAAAAUGCAGUUUCCUCUUGAAAAUUUAUUAAUUUUCCUCAUAUUUUGGUUACAAAUCAUUCUUUUCAUUUUUUGUCUUUUUUUUUAAAUUCUAAAACAAUUUUUUAUUUCUCAAGCAAUUAAAAAUUAGGAAAAGUAUAAUUGUCAGAGAGAAAAUUUGACAUUUAAAUGAAAUCAACUCUACCUUUUGUAAAAUGUAUUUUAGAUGCAUUUCUGAUAUUUUUAUAGAUUUGAAAAUGUGAAAGUCAUCCUGUAAUCAAAAUAUCUUGAUAAGAAAAAUCAAAUUACUCUGUGUUGAUUAAUCAAUAUAUAAUUCUAUCAUGUUGACCUAAUGUUUGGAGAACUUUAAACCCUAAUCAAGAUCAGAAGUAGGUGUUUUUUUAAGGAGAAGGAUUUUUGAAGCUAGAUCAUAUGUAAUACAUCAUUUUCAUUGACAUAUUUGCAAUCAUGAUUUAUAUUAUUCCAGCCACUUGAGGUAAUUAUUUAGGAUAUAAUUGAUAAAAGUCUGAUUUUUAUUUUUUUAAUGUUUACACAAUGUCAUAAUGGGUCACUUUCUGAAGAUGACCGGUAGUAUUUGUAAUUCUAGAAGGAAUUUCCAAGCAUAUUGAGGCACAUCAUCAGUCAUGAAGUCAGUGUCUUAGUUACAUAGUAAAAAUGGUAACUACUUCAAAAAAGAAAAUUGUUUUUCUUUAAUUAUAACAGUUUAUUCUAUAAUAAUUUUACAUAUUGAACCUGUCUAGUCUGACAUCUGUGUAUUGAGACACCCUGUAAUCAGUAUUGUAUAUAUAUAUAUAUACAACAUAAGGGUGUAAUACCAUUUCUUAACUCAUUCCCCCCUGAAAUUUCAUAAUGAACUAUUCCAACCCUUGAAUUGGAGCAGUUCAAAUGUGUCAUCUGGGAUGAAUGAGUUUUAAUGUCUAACUUUAAAAAUUAAGACCUGUGCAUUCCGACAUCCUGUCUAAUCUGAUCAACAUGUUAUAUACCACAGGUACUUGGAUAAGACAGGUUUCAAUAUCACUGUUCAUAAUACAAAUAGGUCAUAAAAUUAUCAUAAAUUAAAAAUUCACAGAAUAUUAAUAUUCAUCAACUCGCAUCACCCCUGAAAUCUCAUAAUGAACUAUUCCAACUUUUGAAUUGGAAGAGGUCACGUAUAUUCAGGGGUAAGUUAAUUCAAGUAGGCAUGGUUGAGUGAGAGGGAAUGGGGUUUCGAUGAGAGCUUUUUCAAACAUACAUAUAGCAAUUAUGUUCAUUUUUAACAAUGUUAUAAAACAAAUUGUGCUUGAUGGACAAGUGUGAGGUGUACAAUCAACUUGUUACUGCAUCAUACAUUAUAUGUAAUAUUCACAUAUCAAGCUUCUGCUUCACCUGUACUUCGAUGGACAGAUCUGUUACACGUUUUUGUUUCGUGGUGUGUAAAAUUUUCUUGCUAUUUCAUGAUGUUCACACUGCAGUGUUACCAUGUGUUAUGAUUAUUGUAUAGGGUUAUCAAUAAAAUUGUUUUCAGAGA